AUACUACUCCAUUUUCAGAGUUCUGUUUUUGUUGAAUUGGGUAUCAAAUGGGGCGUUCAACUUGGAAGUAUCAAGUCUUCUUUUUGUUCAGUUUGAUCUUGCAUUCUCAACUUCCCUUUCCAUCUUCUCUCUCUUCUUCCUUGUCUUCAAUGCCAUCAUGCUCUGCUCUACUCCAUUUUAAUAAGUCUUUUUCUCUUAAAAAAUCUGCUUCUGUCUAUGAUCCUUCUUAUCCAAAAACAGCCAGUUGGCAGGAGGAUAAGCACUGUUGCACUUGGGAUGGGGUCGAGUGUGACAAAAACAAAAGCCAUGUGGUUGGCCUGGACCUUACUUCCAGCUGGCUUUUGGGCCACAUUCAUUCCAACAGUACCCUGUUUUUUCUUCCCAAUCUCAGGAGGUUGAACCUCGCUGACAAUAACUUCGAUGGCUCCCUAAUUCCUUCUGAGUCUGGCAACUUUAAGAGUUUGACUUAUCUCAACCUUUCUUUUUCCGUAUUUUCUGGCCAAAUCCCGUUUGAAAUCUCUCAAUUGUCUUCACUGGUUUCACUUGAUCUUUCUAAGAAUGGGCUGCUAUUAAUCGAAGCUCCAGUAUGGAAAAGAGUCAUUGGUAACCUAACUCAGUUAAGGGAACUUAUUCUGGAUACCACAAAUAUGUCCUCAAUUAGACCUAAUUCUUUGAUGAAUUUAUCCUCCUCUUUGACAACUCUUAGUCUCCGUUACUGUGACUUGCGGGGAAAACUCGAAAAUAACGUCCUCUGCCUACCCAGUAUACAAACCCUUGAUCUAGUAGGUAAUUCGAACCUUGAAGGUUCUCUUCUAAAGCCUAAUUGGAGUUGUAGUUCCUUGAAGUUCUUGGGUCUCUCUGGGAGAAUGGUUUCAAGAGAAUUCCUUAAUUCAAUCGGCAAUUUGAAGUCCUUGGAGCGUUUGGAACUCUCUUCGGCAAACUUUUUAGGAGAAUUACCUAGUUCUAUCGGCAAUCUAAAGUCCUUGGAGCGUUUGGAACUCUCUUCGGCAAACUUUUCAGGAGAAUUACCUAGUUUUAUUGGCAAUCUGAAGUCCUUGGAGUAUUUGGAUCUCUUUUGGACAAGCCUUUCAAGAGAACUACCUAGUUUUAUCGGCAAUUUGAAGUUCUUGAAGCAUUUGACUCUCCGUGAUUGCAAUAUUACGGGGUCAAUUCCAGCAUGGCUAGGGAAUCUUACCAAACUUACAUAUUUGGAUCUAUCAAAUAAUAGUUUUUACGGUCUGUUGCCGUCAUCACUAUUCAACUUGCCGAAUCUCUCAACUUUAGACCUUGACAACAAUCAACUUGUUGGUCCCCUUCCUAGUCACGUAAGUGGUUUGAAUCUAGUUGAUCUCGAUUUAAGUUCAAAUUUCCUAAAUGGAACACUGCCAUCUUGGUUGUUCAGAAUGCCAUCUUUGGAGACCUUGUAUCUUUAUCAUAAUCAGUUUGUUGGUGACAUUGGUGAAUUCAAGUACAAUUCAUUGAAGGAUCUUAAUUUGGGUUAUAAUAAGCUACAUGGCUCUAUACCUAGGUCAGUAUAUAGACUUGUGAACCUUACUAGCCUAUACCUCUCAUCAAAUAACUUGAGUAUUAUGUUGGGGUCAGAAAUGUUUUCAAAGCUCGAGAAUCUCAAGUACCUUGAUUUAUCAUAUAACUUAGUUAGCAUCAACAAUAAUGUUGCCUAUGCCCUACCCAAUCUUCUGGAAUUGAACUUAUCUUCCUCCAACAUUAGUGAAUUCCCAAUUUUCUUAAGACUGACAAUAGAUUUACAAUCCUUAGACUUUUCCAAUAACAAAAUUUAUGGUCGAUUUCCAAAAUGGUUGGGGGAUGUGGGGAUGAAUUCAUUAUAUUAUGUUAAUCUUCGUGGCAACUUGCUUCAAGGACCAUUUCCCACUCUAAAUUUUUCGAGUUUGCAGUUUAUGUUUUUCUCCAAUAACAAAUUCAUUGGAGAAAUCCCUUCUUUUAUUUGCGAUGCAAUUUACCUUCGAGUUUUAGACUUGUCUCAUAACAACUUAAGCGGAAUGAUUCCAAAGUGUUUGGUAAACUCUACUGCUCUCUCGGUGUUGGAUUUGCGAAUGAAUAGCCUUCAUGGUACCAUCCCUGCAAUAUUUGCUAAAGGAAAUAAUUUUAGGAAUAUUAACCUUAAUGGCAAUCAAUUGGAAGGGCAAUUGCCACAAUCUUUGGGAAAUUGUAAAAACUUGGAAGUUCUAGACCUUGGAAACAAUAAGAUAAAUGGAGCCUUCCCUUAUUGGUUGGGAAGUCUUCAGAAAUUGCAAGUUCUUGUCAUAAGAUCAAACAGAUUUCAAGGUCGCAUAGGCAAUCCUAAAACCAAAUUUCCUUUCCCAAAUUUGCGAAUCAUAGACAUCUCUAACAAUCAGUUUAAUGGUCCUUUGCCAAUAACAUAUUUUGAAUAUUUGAAAGCCAUGAUGAAUGUGGAUGAAAGUGGAGUUGCAUCGAAAUAUAUGGGAGAAGAUUAUUAUCAAGAUUCAUUGAAUAUCAUGAUGAAAGGGCAGUUUAUUGAGAUGGAGAGAGUCCUAACCAUCUUAACAAGUAUUGAUUUUUCAUACAAUAGUUUCACAGGAGAGAUGCCAAAGAUAAUUGGAAGGCUUAAAUCACUCAAGGGGCUCAACCUUUCUUACAAUAACCUUAUAGGUUAUAUUCCAUCAUCAAUUGGAAAUUUGACCAAUCUUGAAUGGUUAGACCUCUCUUUCAACAAGCUCGGUGGGGAGAUUCCUAGUCAAUUGGUAGAUCUAACGUCACUUGCAGUCUUAAAUCUAUCACAUAACCAACUCACAGGACACAUACCUUCAGGAAAUCAAUUCAAUACAUUCAACAAUGAUUCAUACACCGAUAACUUGGGAUUGUGUGGGUUUCCAUUGUCAAAAACAUGUGACAACCACGAGGCAAAGCAACCACCACCACCUACCUUGCAACAAGAUGAAAAUUUAGAGCAUGAAAAUGGGUUUGGUUGGCAAGCUGUAUCCAUAGGUUAUGCAUGUGGAACAAUAUUCGGAAUGUUUAUGGGAUAUCUUAUGUUUAAAAUUGGAAAACCAAAGUGCAUUGUGAGGAUGGUCAAAUUAGAGCAGCAUAUCAUGCUCAGAAGAUUGAAGAAGAAUGCCCACAAACGUGGUGGAAGAAGAUAACUGUUUCUAUGUUAAUUCUGAUAGUUGGUGUUGGAGGCCCAAAAUUUCCUCCACCUUGGAUGGGAGGUCAGUCUAGUUUUCGUUAUUGGACAGUAGGUUUUCGUAUGUAUAUUUUAUUGAUAUGAUUGGUCUACUUAAGAUGCAUAUUUUCUGCUUACCUUAUCAAGCAUGUGUACUCACUAUAGUCAGGAAUAAUCCUGCAACAGUUAAUUUCCUUUUCCAAUCAUUCCUUUUUAAUCAAAUGGUUUCUUAUUUUAGGAAUUGAUGUGUACCAAACACAUAGAAUCUUGAAUUUUUUAGAAAAAUAUGUAUCACUUUGACUUUUAAAGCUACACUACAUUUGUUUGGCUGUGUACAAAAUUGUUUGAGAUGAGAAUCAUGAAUGAUUCGCACUACAGCAAUGCACCUUACUAGUCUAUGAUAGUUUACUAGGUUAGUUGACCAUUUAAAAGUAAGACAUGCUGUCCAAAAGUUAAAAAUGGCUUGACAUUUUAAUGCCUUUGGUUAGGAUCUCUGAAACGAUAUAGUUUGUUGAUUGGAUGAAGAGCUAUUUUUCAAUAAUAUAAUCUAAAAGCACAGGUCUUUAUUAUUUUUUGUUCUUUUUCUGUUACUUAGGAAUAUUUGAAUUAUAGUGAGGAUGGCUGGGCCACAACUUUAUUAUUGUUGGGAUAGCAACUGUAGUUGCUAAUAUAAUUGCUUUAUUCCUUAAGUUUUUGGAAUUGAUCUUUCUAUUCUUUAGGACCUCUGUCCAUGUAUUUUAGCCAAUUUCCUAAAGCUCAAACUAAACUUCUAAAGUAGUUCUGUGUCACACUAUUGUAUGACUCAAGACAAGCAUUAACAGAGAAGCUCCAAUUUCAAGUCAGUCUUUUGCAUGUAGAAAGGAUAGGUGGAAAAUGAAAAUCAGCAUUUAAUAGUUUAACUCGCUUCUGAAUUCUACAAAAGUUUAUGAGCUAAGCAUCUCAAACUUCAUGGCAUACUGUGAACUAAAGAUGGGCUCUCUAAAUGAAUGUGCUCAGGUAUAUAAUAUCCAUAGACAUUUGUCCAUUUAAGAACUCACCUCAAUUAAACUAUCUGCUUACACACCGUAUUUGAUGAGGAAAAGAAUUAUACCUUCUAUAAUCCAAUGCAAAAGUUCCAAUUUACCUGUAGGCUGUAGCCAAGGUUUUUGUAAUGAAUUUUAUCUGUGAUUCAGGUUGGCACUAAAUGUUGCUUAACUUCUCAAGCCACCAAAAAUACAUGGACAUAAACAUUCUUCAAAACUUAGAGAAACAAAGAUUGAUUGUAAGAAAACUGCUAGUACCUGUCCCAAUACGCUUAUUCAGUGAUGGGAAAAAAAAAGAUUGAUUGUCUGGGCAAUAAUAUUUUUUUCCAAGAUUCAAAUAUUGUGUGGUAUUCUUGCAUAAAUACCCCAAUACCACAACCACUCUCCUUGAAUCUCAUACUAGAGAAAGGGGAAGCUUCACAACCAUGUAGAUAAACAAUCUGGGUUUAGGACUCAUUCGAUAUUGUAUUCAGAUUAGGAUUAGUCUUAAUUUUUUUUCCCUUAUAAACUGGAUGUGGGUGUAUUUUAAGAAUUGAUUUUAAUAGGUGAAAAGUAAUUCUUUAAAGCUUUUUUUUUUUUUUUUUUGCUUGGGUUUGUGGGGCAGGGGGGGUGUUGAGGAGUUGUGGACUAAGAAUCUUUCUUAACAUCAUUCAAACUUGUUCGAGGGAGUUCACAAACAAUAAAGUUGACUAAACAUGCUAGAGAAAAAUUCGUUUGUUAUUAAGGUCUUCUCAAAACCUUGAAAACAAUAUGUCACAAGGUACACCCCAGUUCUAGUUUUAAACCAGGUAGGUCAUUUACUUACUCCAAAAGCCCAAAUUCACUUCAUAAAAAACUUUUCAUUACGUAUUAAAUGAUAAAAAAAAGCUUUUAAAAACUGUUUGUGUGUGUAUGUAUAUAUAUCAUUCAUCAAACCUUGCAAUUAUAACUUUGAUUGACUACUUACCAACCCAUGGAAAUCAGAAACAUAUUACUACCACAUCUUGAAGCAAAGUUUGGGUGCACAGAUUCACACUACAUUCUAGGAAGAUUUCAUGUUAAAUAAGAAGUGAAAAGAAAAUUGUACUUGAGUCAAGCCUGUGUACUGGGGAAGCAAUUUUCUUGAUUUUUAAUGAAAAUGUUUAUUUAUCCAGAUAAAAGGGGAUUAUUUGUUCUCUUAGAAGCUAAACGGCCGGUAGGAAAUGGGAACUCAAUUCCUAUUAACCAUGACUUUUGGCUUAUUGUAAAACUGAUUUUUUUUUUCUCUUUCUAUAAUUCAGAAGAUGAAUCCUUCUUGUCCUUUAUUAGAAUAAUCUCCAUCCUUUAGGUUCUUUUUUUUAUCUUUUUAUUUUAUUUUAUUUUUUAAUUGUUUUUGUUAGACUUAUGGUUAAGUGAUUAAAUUUAUCAUUUUCUAACAGCUUAAGCUUUUGGGACAAUCGGUAAUUUAACAUGAUAUCAGAGCAGGAGAUCCUAAGUUCGAUCCCUAGUUUUACUCUACCUCCCAUUUAAAAUGUUAAAUUCUCACUUGUUGGGCCCCCACUUAUUAAGGGGAAGUUUAGGCCUACAAGUGAGGGGGAGUGUUAGACUUAUGGUUAAGUGAUUAAAUUCACCAUUUUUUAACAGUUUAAGCUUUUGGGACAAUCGGUAAUUUAACAAUUUUAAAUAGAUACCUAUAGUUUUUAUCAUUAGGUACAAUGUCCAUUUUCUAUAGAUAAGACGAAGUAACAUUUGAUUUUUUUCACUUUACAUUUCAUUCUAAACACAGACUAUCAACUUUGUGCAGUUGUGACAAGUGUAUCAAGUAUGAAAAAAAUACCUAUCAUGUAUUCUCACCUUCUUGCAUAUAACACGCCUCAUGCUCUUUUAAUUCAGUUCCAAUAUAAUUUUGAAAGGAGUUCAUGCCCUUAUCAUGCAAGGAAUUGCAAUGUCAUAGAUCUUCACUGCUAUGUCUUAGCUUGCUCAAAUUUAUUGAUAGUUUUAUGCAUUAUCUGACAUAUGAGGUUGCUAUUUCCUAUCCUCUAGCAAAAUUUGUUUUCCACUCUUUGUGAAGAUAUUUCCAUAUUGCAAAGGCUUUGUAAUCAGACCCUUUGUCUCAUAGAAUGCUUUCUUUUCUACAUAUUCUGUUGGUUAUCAACAAAGCUCAAGUGCUACUCUAGUUUUCUUUUAAAAGAAAGUAGGGGAAAGAUGUUGGAUGGAGAGAUCUAAUUGAAAAGUUGAGAACAAUGAACAAGAAAAAUGUGAGAAAGCUCCUAAUCAACAUGUUGAGCCCAAGAAAACUUGUGAAGAUUCAACUCAAUGGGUUCUCUUUCCAUGAGUUCUCUUUGGGGUUUAUUCUUAGUAGCUAGAUUUUUCAAAUGCAGUAAUUGAUACAGUAUGCCACAGCAGCUCAAUUUUUUAUAUCAUCUUCCAUUGACAUUCUUAAGCUAGACGAAUCUUCUUUUGGUUUAAUUGGGAACUCAAGAAGUCCAUCAAGGGCACUUAAUUAGCUCCAAAAUUCUAUAGUCCUGAUUCCAUUCUAUAAGUGACACAUACACCUCUCUCUCUGUCUCUCUGUUUGUGUCUCUCUUUAAUCUUUCGUAGUUUUUGCAUCAAAUUCAAGAGAUAAUUCAAUGCUAGGAGGCAAGGUUGAGUAGAGUUGCAAAACAGAGCCAUACUUGAUUCAUCUUUGCACAGUGAUGUUGGAUAAUACAAAUAAUUGAGUUUUUUCUGAUGAACAAUAAAUGAAUAUGUUCAUGUAUAAUAAGAUUGGAGGACAAAGAUUUGUCUUAAUUAUAUUUUCUGUGUAUAGAACUUUUACAUU